AUGAGCAACAGUGAUGUUAACAAAUUAAUCAAUGAAAACAUUCAGAGCGAAGAUACAUACAAGGAGGACAAGAUAAAAAUUGCCAAUAAGCUAGUUAAAAAUUUUUCUCUUUUGAAAGAAUUAAAUUUAUUAAGUACCAUAAAGAGUGAAAUAGAAGAAGCAAAAGAAAAAGGAGACCAUGUUACGAAUGUUAUUAAGAAGGAAGACAUAACUUAUGAUGACAAAAAUGUAAUUUAUGCAAAUAGGUACAUUAUCGAUUUUUUGCAGCUGAAAGAACAAAAUGCGAUGAAAGAAAGUAUGAACGAAAAAAGAAAAAGUGAAUUAAGCAAAUAUUUCGAAGUCAAUGUAUUAAACGAAAAAGAUAUGAUAAAUAUUAGCAACACAUUACAAGUAAACGAAUUAAACCUUUCUACAUAUGCAGAAAAUAUUAUGGGAUGUGAUGAACUAAAUAAUUUCAAUAUUUUUAAUAGGGAAUUGUUCGUGAAACAUAUUGAUAUACCAACAUCAGAUAUGAACAAAUCUGCUGAUUUAAAAAUUUUGCAAAUCUUAAAAUUGUUAAUUAAAAAUUAUAACAACUCUUUAAAUUUAAUUAAAUUACAACAAAAUGUGAUAAAUGACUUUAUUUUUUACACACAUAAUUUGUUAAAGAAUAAAAAAAAACUAAUUAAAAAAAACGAACAUUUAAUUAAGAAUAACUCUGUUAAUUCUCACUUAAAAACGGAACUAACAAAGAGACAUUCAGCUGAUUUUAAAUAUUUACCCUUUACUAAUGAAGAAAACAUUUCUUCCAUAUAUAGAACCCAAAUUGAUUUAUAUAGAAAACAUAUUAGCCAUUUGUAUAAUGAAAAUGAUAUUUUGAAAAAAUAUUUAAAUAAAUACAAUGUGCAAAGUGGGUAUAAUGCCUAA